UCUUGAGCAUUUUCUUUCUUCUAAGCAGAAAAUUGAGAACCACCCGAAAAUUAGAUAAUACUUUUCUUACUCCACGCUAGAAUUUUUCAUGCUCAUCAAAAUAACCAAAAAGGGAAAGAAGAAAGAAAGAAAGAAAGUAUAUGUGUUAAUCUCAGAAACAAGUAAAAGUACUAUUGAAGCAACAUAGACCAUGGCAUUGCAUUAUUUUCAUGCAUGCAAAAGGAUUUACAUGACACAAUCAUCAGGCGAAAAUAAAAACAGUUUCCAGGAACUGCCAAGGCCUCCGGCAGAGCAAUUUGCACCUUUGGCAUCGACAUUUAGGAGGCGGCUAUUCGUGGGUGUUGGGUCAGCUUCCUUAGUGGCUGUCGGUGCAAAUUUUGGUGGUAUUACAAGUUCCCUUCUCGGGUUAUCACCGGAAAGUGGCAGGAACCUUAAGCUGGAUGUGCUUUAUCCGAUUCAAGGGUAUAGCCGUUGUAUUCAAACAAAUGAAGGAUUUGAAUUUAUAUAUCCAGCAAGUUGGGCUGGUGACCAAACUCUACUGUAUCGAGCAGCAGAGAAGAAAGAAUUUGAGCGAUCACUUGAUCCACCUCCCUUGAAUAAUGCCAAGUCCAGUGAUAGGCGGCGCAAGAAUAUAAACGAACCUGUGGUUGCGUUUGGUCCACCUGGUUCUAGUGGUGAGCUCAACGUUAGUGUAAUUGUGUCACCAGUUCCUCCUGAUUUCUCGAUUGAAGCGUUUGGAGGACCGGAGGAAGUGGGAGAAGCCGUGGUGAAGACAAUCACAGCAUCUGGAAGACGGCCGGACGUAAAAGGAAGCUUGGUACAAUCAAGAUUGAGGGAGGAUUCCUUGAGGAAUGUAAACUACUACGAGCUGGAAUUCAGAGUUGAAAGCCCUUCAUUUCAAAGGCAUAACGUAGCAGUUUGCUGUACUAGGGAUGGCAGGUUGUAUACUCUAAAUGCUCAAGCACCAGAAUCAGCGUGGCAAAAGGUUUCACCAGACUUCAGCAGAAUUGCUGAAUCAUUCACACUCUUAUCUUGAUACAAACACUAAAAGAUGCAGUACGCAGGCUGUCUAAUUCCAGCAGUCUCAUGUCCUGAGGCAGCUAGUCCUAACGGUUUUGUUUCACAACAUUAAUGAAAAAAAGAAAUCGAUGCAAGUAAA